CCGCAUCCUCAAGCUGGAGGCUGCAGUGGUGGGCGGGUGGCAGAGGGCACGGGAGGCCAGCGCUCUUCGUCCCUAGGCAGCCUGCCCCUGGGCUCAGUCCUGAGUGGGGACGGGGCGGCCCCCUUGGCGUAGUGAAUGGGGGCUCCAGGGCCCUGGGUCUGCUCACCUCCCCUCUUCCAGAUAUCUCCAGCCAGGCAGGGCCCCCAAAGCAGGGUGGGGAGCCUCCCUCACCCGUGGGCAGAGCCCUCUCUCUGCCCCUUCCUCACCCAGACUCCUGCCUAGCCCACACCAUCCAUCCGGCCUGGCCUCUGCUGAGCCCUGGAGGUGGUGUGGGUGAGGAAGGCCAGGCAGGCGCAGGGCCCGUCCCCCCACCUGCUGGCUCUUCCCCCCUUGCCCUGAUGUGCAGGCCUGAGCUGCCAAGCAGUCCUGUGGUCUUUUUUUUUGGCUGUGGAGAUGAACUCAGGACCUUGCCCGUAUAAGGCACCAUGAAGGCCCUCACAGCCCUUGCCCUGCUGGCUCUGGCCGUGCUCUGCCUGGCUGCCUGGGCAGAUGCGAAGCCCAGCGGUGCAGAGUCCGGGAAGGGGACAGCCUUCUUGUCCAAGCAGGAGGGCAGCGAGGUGGUGAAGAGGCCCCGGCGCUAUGUGGACCAAGGACCGGGGGCCCCCGCCCCCGCUCCAGACCCCCUGGAGCCCCGGAGGGAGGUGUGUGAGCUGAACCCCGACUGCGACGAGCUGGCCGACCACAUCGGUUUCCAGGACGCCUACCAGCGCUUCUACGGCACGGCCUAGCCUGCCCGCCGCCCCCGCACCGCACCCCGUCCUGCCCCCCGCCAGCCCGGCUGCUCCCAAUAAAGC